GGGCGCCGAGAGCGAGACGUCAUGUUUGAAAGCUGUCACCAAAUUGCCCGACGCGCGCCUGCUGAUGAGCAACAUGAUCAGAUGAAGCAAAACUGCCCCCUGGAUUAUGGUGCAUUAUGGUGCAAGACGGACGUGGUUCUGAACUUCUGACACGGCCCCGGGCUUGCAGGCAUCAAAAGCGGGCCCUCCUCCUCCCAGAGCGCCCGCACGCGAUACGGCGCAGAAGAUAGGCCACAUGGUCAGUUAUCGUAAAGGACACUCAAUCCGCUAGUUUCAGAACGGCAGAGAACUCGACGCCGAGUUCGAGAUGGACUUGAGGGCGGGGGGUUCAAGACCAGGGAGUCUCUCUGUGGAACUUUGGAUGACCCAGUCGGCAUGCGUGUCGGCUUGGGCGGUCGAUGACAUGUCCUCGUGGAACACGCUGGCUAAUACAUGGUAGUGUUCGGAGACUUGGGAAGACGGCUUCGACGACUCCAUUCAUCACAUACAUCAAAGGCCAAUGGAUGAGCUGUGCCAACGACGUCGUCCAGAGUGGAGCCAAGCAGGUCAUCCGCCAGCUAAUCAAGAGUGUAAACCGCACCAUCAUCAAGUCUGGUACGGCACACGUUCGGUCGAAAUUAGGGGUUCGAGGGGGACUGAGGGGUCAGUGGCUACCGAGAGAAGAAGCCGGCACGGCACUGAGGUGCCCUUAUCUCACGUCGAGCAUGUUUGUCCGCCUGACAAGCACGCACGGCGCCCGCUUCGGACCCCGCUCUCUCCCACGCUUUGUCCGCGCCAAGGAUGCCCACCAUCCUAGACAUCGAGAAGGAAGGCCGUAUGUCUCCUCUUCGCCGCCGUCGACAAGCUGCAAGUCCUGUCGCUUCGACGCAAUAUCGCGAGAUGCAUGGAACUCUGAAGGACAGCAGGGAUAA